AUGGACGCGAAACCUCAUCGCAUUCGUGUCCGAGGAGACGAGAACGUGCCACCCUCCUUGCAAAAUAACAAGACCAUCCAUCAGCGCAAUAAGUCCCUGUCGGCCCUGACCAUCACCCAAGCCGCGAAGAAUGGUACUCGAAGAGCUUUCGGAGAUGUCAACACCAAUACAGAUUUGUCGCGUCCUAGCAGAGAUGACUCGGCCCUUGUGGGAAAGCUAGGUGGACAGGUGUCUGAGAAGCCUGCGAAAGCGCAGGCUCAUCAACGCGCCUUGUCUAUGUCAAGCUCCGCCAAAAGUCUGCUAAACAACGUCAGCACGAAGCCAGUCAACCCAGCUGGCAAGGCCCAAAACACCAAGCCAACUAAGCGAAACAAUACUGUGUUCCGAGAUCAACUCGAGCCCGUCGUUGAAAAGGAAUCAUCCAAGGAAACUCUGAUUAGUCGACCUACUAGUAGUCGACGAAGUGAACCCACUUCUGAAAGCCAAGUCACGUUAUCGAAAGAGACUGAUAAGGCUGAAAAGAGAGAAAUCUCAAGCAAGCCCCUGGGCCCGUCGAUCGCUGUCGUCAACGCAGAGCAUGUGUCAAUCUCCACUGGAUCGGACGGCACCGUUCUUGAGACUGAUGACCCCAAGACGGCUCCCCUGCAGAUCGCCUCGCUCAAGACACCAAACCUCCUUCCCUCGGAGCCAGAAGAAGAAUGGGAUGACGACGAUGAAGAUUACUCAACUGCGCCGUCCACCUUUGGCCCGGAAAACACUACAGGGGGCACGACAACAAUCAUUUACCCCAAGUUUUCCUCUACCACAAAGCAACAGAUUCUCAUGGCAAAACAGAUGGUUGAAGCUGCGCGCACGGAAGAGGAUGUCCAGGAAGAUUUGUACGAUACUAGCAUGGUCGCAGAGUACAGCUCGGAGAUUUUCCUCCACCUUCGAAAGAAAGAGACCUCAAUGCUUCCGGUUGCUGACUACAUGGCCAGCCAAGCUGAAAUCCAGUGGUCGAUGCGCGCCGUUCUGAUGGACUGGUUGGUGCAAGUACACUUUCGCUUUGCUCUGCUCCCCGAGACUCUAUAUCUUUGCGUCAACUACAUCGAUCGAUUCCUCUCGCACAAGAUCGUCUCUUUGGGAAAACUGCAGUUAGUAGGCGCUACUGCUCUGUUUAUUGCAGCCAAGUACGAAGAAAUCACCGCGCCAUCUGUCCAAGAGAUUGUCUACAUGGUCGAUGGUGGCUACACUGUUGAUGAAAUCCUCAAGGCCGAGCGCUACAUGCUUCUGAUUCUCAACUUCGAAUUGGGAUGGCCUGGCCCCAUGAGCUUCCUUCGUCGCAUCAGCAAAGCAGACGAUUAUGAUCUGGAGACACGCACUGUGGCCAAGUACUUCAUCGAGAUCACGAUCAUGGACGAACGUUUUGUCUGCACUCCCCCAAGCUUUGCUGCAGCUGGCGCUCACUGUUUAGCUCGCCUGAUGCUCCAAAAGGGAUGCUGGACUCCCGCCCAUGCAUACUAUUCUGGAUACACGUAUUGGCAGUUGCUUCCCAUCCUAAACAACAUGCUUGAUUGCUGCGAGAACCAGCAAAGCCACCACCAAGCGAUUUAUGAGAAAUACCUCGAUCGUCGGUUUAAGCGUGCCUCGCUGUUUGUGGAGAAUGAAGUUCGUGCUUCGUUCUCCCUACCCAACAAUGUUCCCUCCAACGAUCCUGCGCGCAUGACUGGCGAUGCCAACUACUAA